AUGGAUACCUUAGGUUCCCUACCAAUUUCAAAUGCCCUUCCUCUUUUCUUCACCUUCUAUUUCAUUCUCUACCUCAUUGCCUAUUUCAGCAUCUUCCGCACCUGGGCCCGAAACCUCCGGCCCGAAGCUUCGAGCUGUGCCAUAUCCCUAGCUCAUGGCACCCCCGCCGUUUUCUUGGCCUGCGGCGCAAUCCUCUCCGACCCGACCCGCGAUUUCCACUCCCCUAACACCUCCCUCCAGAACCUCGUCCUCGAUUACAGCAUUGCCUACUUCCUCAUGGACCUUGUCCAUUACCUAACCUUCUACCCGGCCGACCUCCUCUUCAUCGCCCACCAUCUGGCCACCCUGUUCGUGUUCGUCACCUGCCGUUAUUUGGUUUACCACGGGGCUUUUCCGAUACUCGUGCUCCUCAUUUUGGCAGAGGCCACGAGCUUGUGCCAGAAUGUGUGGACUCUGGCUCGUGCGAGGAGACCGGAGUCCAAAGUUGCUGCCAAGGUGUAUUAUCUUUUGUCCCCUCCGUUUUAUGCUCUCUACUCUCUUAUCAGGGGCUUUCUCGGUCCUUGUUUUGUUUACCGGAUGUUUGCAAUUUACUUGAGCGGGGCUGUUGAUAGCGUGAUACCGAGAUGGGUUUGGGUUUCUUGGGUUUUUGUGGUUGUGACCGCGAUUUCAGUUAGCAUAUUGUGGAUUUCGAAUCUCUGGAUUGAGUUCUGUACAGAAAGGGAGAUGGGAGUUGGAAAGAAAGUUGGGUAG